CAAUCAUACAGUAAGAGCAGACAAGCAUUCAGCUUCACACAGCCAAAGAAUUCAACAAAUAUUUCCAUUUAAUUCGUGGAUUUCUGUGACAUGAACCACUCCAUUAUCAUGAGUUCUGCAAGGAGGCUGCGUUUUAUGUCAUGGAAUUCAAAUGGGCUCAAAUCGAAGAUACUGAAAGUGAAGACUGAAAUACAGAAACAAAACUGCGAUGUGGUUUUUCUUCAAGAGACACAUUUAGGUACUGGUAACAUUUUUGAGAACCUGAGAGAUUAUAAGUCAUUAUAUACCACACAAACAUCAACGCAUGGAGGAGUGGCUAUUUUAAUAAAAAAGGAAAUAUAUGAAGAAACCAGCUGUACAAUAGAGAGAGAUCAUGCUGGCUGCUACAUUUUGGUUAAAUGUACCCUGAAUGGACAACUAUUCACUCUUAUGAGUGUUUAUAAUUGUCAUACUAAUAUAAAACCCUUAAUGACACUCAGAAGUGUACUUGAGAAGCAUGCAGAGGACAUCUUGCUGAUUGGAGGAGAUUUUAAUGUUGCUCUGAAUCCAUAUUUGGACAGAACAUCUACAAAGAGGAAUAAAACCCAUUCACUGCUAAGACCAAUUGUGAAGGAGUUAAUGACAUCUUUCAAUCUUGUUGAUGUGUGGAGAAGAUUUCACCCAACAGACAGACAAUAUUCUUACCAGCAAAAACAUGUUGAGUCAAGAUUAGACUAUAUUUUUGUUCCAGAGGAGUCGAUGAGGUAUAUUGAAACGUGUGAUAUUUCUCCAGACAAAAGCUGCUCUGAUCAUUAUCCAGUUGUGUUUGAAGUCACUUUGUCUGGUGAUGAAAGCAAGAAACUAGAAUUAUUUCCAAAAAUCAUUAAAGAGGAGGACACAAAGGAUGUCUUAAGAUUCCAGCAAUCAGUAAUUGAUAAUUGGUUGAGCAGUAAACGUAAAUACUGGCCAAACCUAGAUUUGCCUGUAAAUUUCCAAACAUCUUUGAUGAUCAGUGUCAGUGAAGUUGAACAAGCAAUUCAGUCUUUGGUAUCGAAUCACACUGAACGUCCAGAUGGUUUACCACUCUCUUUCUAUAAGAGAUACUCAUAUUUGUGUACCUUUUAUCAAAAUAUACUUGAAAAACCAUCAAACAUCCCAGAAGGUUUCAAUGAGAGGACUAAAGUUUCUGAGACCUGUUAUAUAUUUAACAUUGACUAUCUGAUUUUAGCCACCAUUAUGGCCAGGUGGCUUGAUGAGCACUUGCAGUCUCAUUCAACAGACUACACUUUAGGCACUAAUAAAACAACAGUAUUGUUUACCUUCAAAAAGGUACAAAUGAAAAUCAAGUGGUCUUUCUUACAACAUUUACUUGUAAAAGAGCAAAUUAAACAAAGGACAGAGCCACCUUUAUUGGAUAAAUUUAACAUCACUGCUCUUCACGAGAUGCUGAAACAGAGUGGUAACCAAAAAUCACUCUUCUGGGGUUGUCCUCUGACCCCGGUGCUGAUAACAUUGUAUCUGAAACAUGUUGCUAGGGAAAUGGUGAAAAACGACCAAACAGCAUCCAUCCAUAUUUCUAGAGAGAAUGUCAUUGUUAGAUUCUCUAAAGAAAUUGAUAUACAUUUAGAAUGCAUGAAAGAGAGGUAUAGCUCUGUGGACUUCAUAAUUCUGAAAUAAGUUAGGUUUCUAAGCAACUGGGUUAUGUUUAGUAAUUACUCUGUAAAUAACAGGAUUUAAAAUGAUUUUUGUGUAGUGAAUAUAAUAUGAUUUUAACA